AUGGUGGUGGUGGCGGUGGUGGUGGAUGUGGAUUUGGUAGGCCCAAUUGCUGACUUCUAUAGCUUCAUGGCUCAUCCCGAGACAUUAUUACCAAUGCCUGAGAUUGACGACCCGCUCCAACGGUUCGUGUCCGUGGUUAAAUUCUACCUUAGCGGAUGGCAUAUCAAACCUCCUGGUGUCAAGAAACCCCUUAAUCCUAUCCUGGGAGAAACAUUCACAGGCUACUGGGAAUAUCCCGAUGGCACCAAGGGCUAUUACAUUGCUGAACAAACGUCACACCACCCACCCAAAUCAAGCUACUUUUUCAUGGCACCGGAGCAUAACAUCAGAAUCGACGGUACUUUGAAACCGAGAAGCAGAUUCUUGGGCAAUUCCGCGGCAAGUAUGAUGGAGGGAAUCUCAUACAUGGAGUUCCUGAACCGAGGAAAGGAGAAAGGCCAUGGCGAGCGAUACAUUAUAACCCAGCCAAACAUGUAUGCUCGUGGAAUUCUCUUUGGAAAAAUGAAAUAUGAGUUGGGAGACCACAGCUAUGUCAAAUGCCCAGAGAACCAUUUUGUUGCGGACCUGGAAUUCAAAACCAGGGGUUACUUCUCCGGGACAUACAAUGCCAUUGGAGGCACCAUCAAAAAUGACGAAACCGGCGAGGUGUACUAUGAAUUGUCAGGUCUCUGGAACGGAGAAAUGUUCAUAAAGGAUGUCACGACUGGACAAAAGGAACUGCUCUUCAACGCCACACAUGCAAAGCACACUCCCCCUCUAACUCGACCCCUUGAAGAACAAUCGAGCCGCGAGUCACAAAAGCUUUGGUAUAGCACCGUUCAGGCAUUGCUAGAGAGGAACCAGGACCUUGCAACCGAAGAAAAGACUAAGAUUGAAGACCGACAGCGAGAAGAAGCCGCUACUCGGGCUAACGAAAACAUCGAAUGGAGACCCAAGCUUUUCCGCGCCGUCCAAGGAGGCCCCGGAGGGUCUGAAGAAGGAAGAGAGAACCUUGACUGGAUUAUAAAUGCUCACAUUGAUCCUCAUAACCCUUCUAAGGCUGUAGAGCAAAUUCUCGCAUUUACUGCGAUUCUCCCUGGCCAAAAAGUAAACCACGAACUUGAUAUUCCCCCACAAGCGCCAAAAUCAGUAAAACCCAGCCAGGCUCAGGAAUCACUUCUUGAUCUUGACAGUAAUGAUGCUGCGCCAGGGAAUGCACAGCACAAGCCCCAGCCUUCCGAGGAUCUACUCGGGAAUCCCGUUAAAAACCAUAAUGGAAGUAAUAACCCCGCUGAUGUAGGCACUGGCUCUGGCAUGAUGGCUCCUCUCCAGCCGAGUAUGUCAACCAGCAAUACAGCACAGCAGAAGCCCACUCCGAACCCCGGGAUGGGUGGGCUUUUUGAUGCGGAGCCUUGA